GUGCGCCUGACAUGGUCGUUAUAAUCUAGUAGGUCGUGGCUUCAGCUUCAGUACUCCUCGUUGCAAAGAGGCUCACCAGGGGUGUUACUGGUGCCACUGCAAUCCAUCCACAGCGUUUUGUGGUUUUGUGUUACCAGUGUUACUGAAGUCAUAGAAGCCCAAGCAUCUCUCGUCGGCUGGGAGGCUUCACCCAUCGUGAGGUUGUCAUAUCCAUGAUGGACACACAGAACCUAAAGAUAGGCUUUAUUGGUGCCGGAAACAUGGCUCAGUGCAUCAUGCUGGGCAUCCACGAGUCAGUUCACUUGAAAGAUAGCCAGUUUUGGGUGAGUGCUCCUACAGAGAAGCAUCUAGUCAAACUCAAGUUACGAGGCUACAAUGUUACGCAUGACAACAUGGAAGUGGUCAAGAAUUGCACUUUGAUCUUUCUCUGCGUGAAACCCAACACGGUGCCAAUGGUGUGCAGCGAAAUCAGUCCUAUCCUGACAGGGGAACAGCUCCUGGUUAGUGUAGCAGCUGGCAUCAGGAUUUCGGACCUGAAAAUGCACUUGCCAGAUUAUGGCAAGGUGGUACGCUGCAUGCCAAACACAGCUAUGAUGGCCAAAGCUGGAGUAUGCGCUCUUUGCCGUGGCCCGGAUGUUGGUGACGAGAAAAUGGACUUGUUGCGGACGCUGCUUGAGAGCAUCUCCCUCUGCGAGGAAGUUGCCGAGAACCUCAUGGAUGCCGUCGGAGGACUCAGUGGCUGCGGACCUGCUUACGUGUUCCUGAUGAUUGAAGGUCUCGCUGAUGGAGGUGUGAAGAUGGGCCUGUCACGGACAAUGGCUUUACAGUUUGCUGCACAGACAGUGAUGGGCUCAGCCAAGUUGGUCCUGGAAAGUGGGAUCCAUCCAGCAGAACUGCGGGACAAUGUCUGUUCUCCAAAAGGCACAACCAUUCAAGGGGUACAUGCACUUGAAAAACGAUGUGUCAGAGCUGCUUUCAUGGAAGCCGUUGAAGCAGCUACACUUCGAUCUAUUGAGCUUGGUAGAAAGCACCACCCACAGAGCCCACAAUGACUGCAAUAAACCCUCAUUUUACCUUA